ACUCACUAAAUCCCUCUCUGGACACUGGCAUUAAACAAGCAUCUGUGUGUCACAUCCUACAGACAUGCCUUCAUUGGGAUUAGAGAUACUAGGAGUGACUCUGGCUCUCCUAGGAUGGAUCUCUGCCAUCGUUUCCUGUGUCUUGCCUAUGUGGAGAGUGUCCGCGUUUAUUGGGGUGAACAUCGUAACAGCGCAGACAACCUGGGAAGGCAUUUGGAUGAACUGUGUGGUGCAAAGUACCGGGCAGAUGCAGUGUAAGAUCCAUGAUUCCAUGUUGGCACUGAGUGGAGAUCUUCAGGCCGCACGUGCCCUAACUGUCAUCUCCAUUGUGUUGGGAAUUUUGGGACUCCUGAUGUCUGUGAUGGGGGCAAAGUGCACCAACUGUGUGGAUGAAGAGACAGCUAAAGCUCGGGUGAUGAUUGCCUCUGGAGGGGCUUUUAUUUUGGCCUCACUUACCCAGAUAAUACCAGUUUCCUGGUCUGCUCAUACUAUCAUCCACGAGUUCUACAGUCCAGUCAUACCAGAGGCCCAGAAGAGGGAGAUUGGCGCCGCUCUUUACCUGGGGUGGGCCGCUGCCGCUUUUCUUCUAUUAGGGGGUGGCAUCCUCUGCUCCAGCUGCCCUAAGAGGCCGGAGAAAAGAUACGGACCUCCGUCAAAGGUGAUGUACUCUCAGCCUAUAUCGAUGGCCCCGAGUGGAUUUGAUCGACGAGACUAUGUCUGAAGCAACAUCUGCUCCUUUCUCACAAGGCAACCAACCUUUGAAAUAGCAACAGAGACUCAGCCAAGUCAACCAAAAGAGAAAAUUACAUUUUUAAAACGUGAUCCUCUCCGCAUUUGUGCUGAGAAGUCAAAGUCCUGCAUCAAAGAGGCUUUUUUUUUGUACUUUAAAUGUGGUAUUAUGAGAACUACAAUAAGACUACGUAAAUUUGUGUUAUCAUAAGUU